GAUUGAUUUGCUUAUGGAUCCUAAACUUCAACACCUCUAAAAUUAACAUUCUGUAUUUUAUUUCUUUACCCUUAUAUUAGUGAAGUGUGAAACUAUUCUGAUGUUAGGCAAGUGAUAUUUUGUACAACUUAUCAUCGGAAUACUAAAUUUGACUGUCCUUGUGUCAAAAUGAAAAUUUUUGAAGACAACUAAAGGUGUUAUUUGGAUCCUAACCUCCAAACUUGGAUCUUUUAGUGUAUACGAAGAUGAGUUACAACAAAGGGAGCAGUUCGUCGGGAUUUGGAUUCAGCGGGUUCAAAAUGAAUGCGCGAACAUCCUCUCGGACUGUUGCCAUUCCCCCUCCUCCAACAGCUGCUAUCAGCAAACAGGGUUACUCAACCAUGUCAGCCAUCACAAGUAAUGCUCUCUCCACAACCUGGGGAGUUCCUAAAAAGCGUGCCAAAACUGAAGAAGAGUACUUUGAGGAUGAGGAAGAACAAAGCACUCAAAAGCUAGAAUACAUCCCUGCUCCUGGGAGUCCAUCAUAUCAAGGAGGGAAUCAAUCUGAUGAUGAGGAAGAUCCUCUAGAUGCAUUUAUGGCUGGAAUAGAGAAACAGGUUAAGAAGGAGCAAGGAGUCAAGGUAACCAACAAAGAGAAAGAAAAAGAUAAAGGACUUAGAUUUGAUAUUGACGAAGAAGACAAUGAAGAAUCAUACUACAGAUACAUGGAAGAAAAUCCUCUUGCUGGUGUGAAGGAUGAAGAAUCAGACGCUGAAAUAGAAUAUGAUGAAGAUGGAAACCCAAUACCCCCUCCUAAAAAGAAAGAGAUAGAUCCCUUACCUCCUAUAGAUCAUUCUACUAUUAAGUAUGAAGACUUCGAGAAGAAUUUCUACCAAGUUCAUGAAGAAAUUGCAAAACUCACAAGUGAACAAGUGAAUGAAUUACGGAGGACGUUCAACAUAAAAGUCACAGGCCCUUCUCCCCCUUCCCCUGUCUCUUCGUUCGCUCACUUUGGAUUCGAUGACUCACUCAUGAAGCUUAUUCGAAAAUCGGAAUACACUCAACCUACUCCAAUCCAAGCUCAGGCUGUUCCUGCAGCUCUGAGUGGACGUGACAUCAUCGGUAUUGCCAAAACUGGAAGUGGUAAAACGGUUGCUUUCUUGUGGCCAAUGCUGAUACACAUCAUGGAUCAAAAAGAGUUACAACCAGGCGAUGGCCCUAUCGGUUUGAUUUUAGCACCUACCCGAGAGUUGUCUCAACAGAUUUAUGUGGAAGCGAAAAAGUUUGGCAAAGCGUAUAAUAUCAAUGUCGUAUGUUGCUAUGGAGGAGGGUCGAAAUGGGAACAGGCCAAAGCUUUGGAAGAAGGUGCAGAAAUAGUUGUUGCUACUCCUGGACGAAUGAUAGAUCUAGUCAAAAUGAAAGCGACAAACUUAACCAGGGUGACCUACCUAGUUCUAGAUGAAGCAGACAGAAUGUUUGAUAUGGGUUUUGAACCACAAGUGCGAUCAAUUUGCAAUCAUGUGCGCCCUGAUCGGCAAACAAUGUUGUUCUCUGCAACUUUUCGAAAAAGAAUUGAGAAACUAGCCAGGGACAUUUUAAGUGAUCCUGUUAGAAUUGUUCAAGGAGAGAUCGGUGAAGCUAACACUGAUGUAACUCAACUUGUCAAUGUUCUACCACAAAAUGCAAAAUUCAGCUGGCUUCUGAAUCAACUAGUAUCGUUUCUUUCACAAGGAUCUCUUCUCAUCUUUGUCACCAAAAAGUUGAACGCAGAAGAACUUCAUAACAACUUGAAACUCAAAGAGUUUGAUCCUCUUCUCUUGCAUGGAGACAUGGACCAGACUGAAAGAAAUCGCGUCAUCAGUGCUUUCAAAAAGGACGAUCAUAGUAUUCUUGUCGCAACCGACGUUGCUGCUCGAGGUUUGGAUAUACCUCACAUCCGCACGGUUGUAAAUUAUGAUGUUGCUAGAGAUAUCGACACUCAUACUCAUCGUAUUGGACGAACGGGUCGUGCUGGACUCAAAGGAACCGCAUAUUCUUUAGUAACUGAUAAAGACAAAGACUUCGCAGGACAUUUAGUCAGGAAUCUAGAAGGUGCUAGUCAACCAGUGCCAAAGGCUCUCCUAGAUCUUGCUAAUCAGAACGCCUGGUUCCGAAAGUCAAGGUUUAAGAGUGGCAAAGGAAAAUCAAUAAAUGUAGGUGGGAAAGGUCUUGGUUUUCGAGAGCGACCUGGUUUAGGCAGCUCCGAAGCCAGUGGUCCUAGCAGCUGUGACUUUAGUGACAUAGUCAAAUCCAUUCCUCCAAGAACAGGCCCCGGCUCUGAUAGACUUUCUGCUGUUAAAGCUGCUUUCAAAGCUCAGUAUAUGAGCCAGUUCACAGCCUCAGAAGACCAUACGUGGGAACAAACUCUAGAAAAUCCGUCCGGCGCUCAGAAACCAGCAGCUCCGGCCAAAAAAAGAGAAAGGAAAAGUCGGUGGGACUCUUAAUCCUUCUCUCAGAAAGGGUUGUUUUACCCUCUAACUAUCAAUUGAGUCUCAUGGAGAAGAAAUUGUAUCAAAGAUAGAACUCCUCAGGAGUUGAAUGACCGCAGUUGAUUCUUGUCAACCUUGCGUAGAAUAGAUGUUGUUCUGUUGAAUUAAGCAUCAUCGUUUCCAUAAUUAUCAAAAACUCACAAUCAUUGAAACUUGAUCAAACUACAUUUCAUUAAAUAUUUGUUCCUAUUGUUAGUUUUCAAGUUUCUCCCUUUCAAAUCAGUUGGAUAAAAGCAUUGUUUCGUUCUAUUUGAAAGGAAUGAUUCAUUAAUUCUCUAAGAUACUGGCCUCUACAAGAUAUUUUUUAAGUUACAAGAAAUCAAUAGCCAUGGAAAGUUUUUUCUGGAUACUGACCUCUACGCGAUAUUUCUAUAAAUUAGAAGAAAUGGAUGGUUUCACUCUGUUUGCCUAAACUAAGAUUUUCAGAAUUAUACGACAUCAGAAGAGAUUAAAGAAAUGGAAGAACAUAUGAUCAAAUCAAUGGCUAAGGAACACUACUGCCCAACUGCAAACUGACAAUUUUAUAGGAUGGAGGUAAAACCUCGCCAUUUUUGUAAUUUUGAGGCCAGAUUCGCAUUUUUUUUUUUUUUUUACAUUACAACAUUAUUACAGCUCUCUGAUGUAGAAUUGGGAAAAACUAAAACCAUUAGCUUGCGUAUUUUUUACUGUAGAACGCAGCUAAGGCACUAAUUUGCUUUCACCAAAACUGUCAGUCAGCCGGUACUGUUCCUUACCCCUCAAAAUAAGUUUGUUACUUUCAAGUUGCAAGUAUGAAAUUUUUGAAUACCCAUUCAUUUAAGCUGGUGCAGGACUUCAACUGUAGAGCAAAUAGACCGCGUCAACAGGGGGGCAAGCUAUGGCCAUUUUCUUGUCAUUAAGUAAAGUGCUGUGUCUCAGGGUGUUUUGUUUACUUUAUGCAGUUUUGGGAUUUCGAGGAUGAAAAAUUGCCAGUUAAAUAGACUUAAAUGGCACAGUGUAGAAUGAUUAAAAUGCAAAGAUGGUUGACCCAGCACGGUUCGUUUGAACCCAAGUUAAAUGAAAAGUCAAUACACUCGUGAUUUCUCUUCAGAACCUUGAAGUAUGAUAAAAAUGCAUUACUUUAAGAGCAAAACCAAAAUAUUCUGUCGAGCUCUCGGAAAAUAUGGCCGAUUUGAAGGAUUUUAGCCCUGAAUCGGCUGAUAAUUGCUGAUUAUGGAGCAAAUAUCCAAUAAUUAUGGCUGUACUCUUUGUUUUUGAAGUUGCAGGGGCGUCUGGGGCAGAAAAAGGCCUUUUUCUUCCUUCAUUCCCCUCCCCUGCCCCCCGCUCCCUUCCAUAAAGAACCAUUUACACCCAUACAUAUGCAUGUGCCCAAAUUGAUAUGCACGUCUUGCUAGUUCGAGUUGAUGGGUUGGACCCAAAGUAGAAUACUGAUGACCAAACUCAAAAAUUGCACAAUUGCUUAUUGCAGCGUUGCAGAUUUCCUUCUAUUAUUUUUUACAGCCAAGAAUUUUGCAGAAUUUCAAUGAAAACUUGAGUCGUUUUUUUUUACAAUGACAAUGAAAGUCAGUGGAAGUAUGUCUCUCAAAUCUUUCCUACGGUUCGUCUAUAAGUAAAGAAAGUAGAAAAAUAUACGAGCAGAAACUCUGAAACGUCGCAAUGAAGAUGCGUUUAAUUUUUGAGUUUACCUUUCAAUAUUCUUUAAAAUGUAUUAAAAAUACAGGAUUAAUUGGAAUAUUUGAAGAAAAACUAGUCUUUUAAAGAAAAUAGAGGGUUAGUUAUAUUGAAAGCAUUUGAAUAUAAAAUAUGGCAAAGCAUAAACCAUGUUAGAAUGGCACAAAAGCAAUCAAGCAUAAAAUCUACUAUGAAUGGAAGCAUAUAAGCAAACAAUGAAUACAGGACGACAUAGCAGCAUAAAUCAUACAAAAAUUGCAUAAAAUCAGUUAGGGAUGGAAUUAUAAAAACAAUGAAGCAUACUAGCAUAAUUUUAAGUAAUGAUUAAGAUACCCACAAAGAUUACAAGUGCAGUAAAUUUUACUCACGAACUGCGCGAAGCAAUUGAAUUAAGUAGUUAGAGUUCGUUUCUGUACUUUGUAUGUUAGCCAUGUGGCUUUAAAAUCUUGAUGGACACUCUCAAGGGCUUGCUUGCUAUAAAAGCCGAGACCUUGUUGUUUCUUUUCACAAAAAUCUCCUACAUGAUAAUAUACAGUAUGAAUUUCGGGUGUAACUGGUAGUUCUAAUGCAAAGUAGCUUUCUUUAAAAAUUUGAAUAGCAUUUUUGUAAUUUGCAUGCAAAGUGGUUGAGAAACAGGCAUCCACCACAAGCUUAAAGUUUUGGAGUACCUCUACAAAUGGUAAGCAUGCAAGCGAGUCUCGCAUCAAUGAAUCUACCUUUUUCAAUAAAAUACGACAGGAGUUCCCAUUGAAUUCAGGCGACCCAUGGGUCAUGUCUCGCUUGACAUUACUAAGAGAAGCCCCCUUUAAUGCAUCUGCUUCGUUGUGUUUUAACAUGUGAUCAUAAACUGUAUUAACAACUCUUAAUGAGAGGUGCAGCUCUGGGGGUAGUACAAUAUCCAAUAUAAGUUUGUCCUCUGUACUGAAAACAGUUGGGUGGAUACAAUUUUUAAAUUUCUUGGAUUCCUUGUAAUUUUCACCUGAUUCAACAAACUUUAAAUAAUUUUGCAUUAUGUUGCCAACUGUACGGUGUGGUCCUAAUAAAUGGAGUGCACUCUUUUCAGCUUCACUUCAGGAGCAAGGGAAGCAGCUAGAAUGGAACGUAAUGCCCACGAGGAGAUUCGCAAGUUUUGAAUCUGUCGCAAUGAAUGGAUCUAAACUAUUUAUUUCUAAUCUAGACCACAUCAUGGCUACAUUUUUAGAGUUCUCUUGCGUGUGUGGCGUAAUAGCUAGUAUGAAUAUUUUUUUCACUCCAGAAUCUAAAAACUGCUUAGCUAAAACUCCCUGCUCAUAUGUUUGCCUAACACUUUUAACGUCUACAGAGUUCUUUCCUGGGGAUUGAACAGAUAAACAUACCUUGAGAAAACCCUGACCACCAUCUAUGCCGAUUUUUAACACAUGAUUAGACAUAUUUCGCUUAUCUUUUAUAAACUGUAUAAAAGUAUCGACAUCGUUACAAAAAACUAAGGGCUUUUUCUCAAUUGUUCUGACUUGCUUUUUAAUAUUUGCAAAUUGUACGGUUUCAACUACAAAAUAUGGAUCAACUUCGUGAGUAAGGAGCUCCAGUUCCUUCUUUAAGUUAGGAUUAAUAAUUUUCCUAUUUUUUGUGGCAACUCUAAUUACGCGUGCUAUCACUAAAGUCAUAUUUAAAUUUGGAUUAAAGGAUCCUUGUAUGUUUUUAAAAACCUCUAAGUUUAACAAGAAUUUGUUUACGUGUUUAGGAUUAAUGCUAUUUGUUAGACAUACUUUCAAAGGUUUUUUCCCAAUAACUGGGACAGAAAGGUAACAGAAGAAUUGUCAGUUUUGCCUGCUGACGAUUAUUUCUUAUCAAUAACAUGUUUCAACAUUGAUGAAGUGACUCGUUCUUGACUCUGCAGAUUGCGUUCUUUUCCCAUAGCUGAACAUAAAUUUUUUAUGAGCGACGCUUUAUUACAAUUAGGAUUGAUACCAGGAUGAACUAUACUGUAACACUUGGAGCAUGAAUUUCUAGAUCUCGCUUUCUUCUUUCCUUGGCGUUUUGUGGUGAGUCCCACUUUAGAUUUACGGGUGAAAAUAUCGCAUGCCGGCGGGAACACUGUAGGUACCACCCUUGCGUUUAACAAAAUUGGCGUGUACUGGGAGGCUCACCAGGUUACAUAGGUGGCAAUGACAUCCACCAUCCUUCGACCUUGUCUGAAUUAUUCCAAGGAAUGGGGAGUAGUCCGGUUGCACUACAGGGAGUUGUCCAUUAUUGCGCCUGUACAACUUUCGUUUACAGCCUAAGCAAAAAGAAACGUGCGCGCAGAAGAAACACGUCCUUAGGAUCGUUCUGUGGCACUACUGCUUUGAUUUUGUCACUCAAAACUCGGGUAAUUUCAAUUAGUUUCCCCCUCACGAAACAAAGCACACACAAACUGUUGCGAUUUCUAUAUGUGAUCUACGUCUAUUUAGUCCCAUGAUUUGCAAUACGAGGAAUACUUUGAAAAAGAAAGGGAACAACGCACGACAGGCACUUAGUAGCUUAGCAAGUCACUCGAACUGCAUAAAGAAACUGAUUGCGAGUGAUGAGUCCGUCUGUCCACUUUGUAGUAAUUGGUCCAUACUGCACAGUGUGUAAAAUGAGUAAAAUGAGUAAGUGAGUGAAAUUCGAUCAAUUUAUUGUCUACACUUACUGACAAUCAUUACUGCUUCUGUGAUGAGCAGCACGCGCAGCUGUUGUGCUGGUGUGCAAAAUAAGAUAAGUGUUAGCACCCAACCUCAGGUUGGAGUAAGGAUAUGGUCGUCGUGAUUGGGGGGGGGGGUGCAAGUAUAUGAGCUUAUGUUUGGGGCGGAUCAUCCCCUCUUUCUCCCACCCCACCAUACCACAGUAAAACGACCGAUUAACUCAAACUAGCAAGACAUGCAUAUCAAUUUGGGCGCAUGCAUAUGCAUGGGCGUGAAUGGUUUUUUAUGGAAGGGAGCAGGGGGCGGGGGAGGGAAAUAAAGGAAGAAAAAGGCCUUUAUCUGCCCCCGACGCCCCCACAACUUUAAAAAACAAAGAGUACAGCCAUAAUUAUUGGUUAUUUGCUCCGUAAUCAGCAAUUUUCAGCAGAUUCAGGGCUAAGAACCUUAAAAUCGGCCAUAUUUUCAGAGAGCUGGGCAGAAUAUAUUCGUUUUGGGCUUGAAGUAAUGCAUUUACAUCAUACUUCAAGGUUCUAAAGAGAAAUCAUGAGUGCAUCGACUCUUCAUUUAACUUGGGUUCAAAUGAACCGUGCCAGGAAGAAAAAUAUCAAUAAUAAUUAUUUAUUAAGGAGCUUGUAUUUACAUAGUCUAUUUACCUUAUGCCUCGACUGCCGUCUGGAUGCGUAGUCUGAGCUUCCUCUCCUUAUUUUCGAUACAAUUCAGAUUGUACACAAUGCAGUCUAAUGUCAUUUGUAAUGGGAUCGUAAAUUUUGACUUGCUCUCAAUAACUGGAUUCGGGAUUGAAGCAUUUUAAUUUAUUCUAGCAGUACUGCACUGUUCCUGACUGGAACCUGUAGCUUUGAACAGUGAGGCUAUUCCAACUAACCGUUAUUCAUGAUCAAUAUUUAGUUGCCUCUUUGAAUAAAAUGUUACAGUGAGAGGCAUUUCCUCCCCUUUUUUUCUCUUUUUUUUUUGUAUUACCAGUAGACUUUGAAAAUAGAAAAUUGUAAGACAAUUUGUGAUAAUAAAGUAGCCCUUCGCUGGGACCACUCCAAA